AUGCCUCCAUGUCCAGACACUUGUGGUCAUCGAGAGGUCAAGUUCAAAGGCAAGAACACAGCUACAUUAUUCUGUAAAUGGCUUUUCACAAAAGCUCACAAAAGCUUUUCGGUGUUUGCCCACAAUUUCAAGGGUUAUGAUGGCUAUUUCCUGUUGGAUUAUCUGAUAGGGAAUAGUAUCCUCCCUGACAACAUGGUGUACAAUGGGUCUAAACUCAUGUAUAUGCAUAUUCCCCGGGGUUUGAACAUUCGACUGUUGGACAGUUUGUCUUUCUUCAACACUAAACUGGCCAAUCUUCCCAAGAUGUUUCAUCUGGAAGAGUUGAAGAAAGGCUAUUUCCCCCAUUACUUCAACACCUCUGUCAACCAACAGUAUGUUGGGCCUUAUCCUGAUGCUUCAUUCUAUGGGAUCAACAACAUGUCUACACAAGACAGAAGUCACUUCCUAACUUGGUAUGCCAAACAAAAGGACAACAUCUUUGACUUUGCUCAAGAAAUGGAGGAGUAUUGUCGGUCAGACGUUCAAAUCUUGAGGGAAGCUCUCAUGACUUUCCGACAAUUAUUAUUGUCUGUUACAACAAAGACAUAUCUUGUCAAGGACCCUAAAACACUGCAAAUCGCUCAAAAGAAAGAACCUGGCAUCGAUCCGACAGAUUACAUUACCAUUGCCAGUGUGUGUCAUGGGGUGUUCAAGCACAAGUUCUUGACAGCAUACACUCAUGUCAAACUUCUUUGGCAAGGGACAGUCACUCCAUGGCUUCCCAUCAAAGAGCAUAAAAAUCAACACUGGGUGGAAGUCAAACCCGGGUCCUGGCUAACCCUUCAAGCAGUACAAGAAGCAGGGGGUGUGGUUCAUGAAAAAGAGACCCUUCCCAGUCCCAUUGCAAAGGUCCCUGGAGAUGGAUACACCAAAGAUCAAUACAGUCUGAUCUCCAUACAAUGGCUGGAAUGGCUGAUUCACUCCCAACACAAACACAUUCAACAUGCGUUGAAUGAAGGUGAAUAUCAGAUCCCAGGGACCAAGUAUAAGGUGGAUGGGUACUGUCGUGACAGCAACAUUAUCUACCAGUUUGACGGGUGUCUCUAUCAUGGUUGUCCUACAUGCUAUCCUCAUGACCGGGACAAAACAGUACUGCCUCACACCAAGCAGUCUGUCAGUGAGUUGUAUGCUUUGACCAUGAAGAGAAAUGCAACCAUCAGGCAGAAGGGUUACGAGUUAGUGACCCUCUGGGAACAUGAGUUCAGGCAACAACUGAAAACCAAACCUGAAUUGAAAACCUAUGUGGCCACCAUAGAUCUCCAGGAACGAUUAGAUCCCAGAGAUUCAUUUUUCGGUGGUCGGACUAAUGCUUCCAAGUUGUUUUAUGAAACUGAAGAGAAGGAAGACAUUUUGUACAUGGAUUUUACAUCCUUGUACCCAUGGGUCAACAAGUAUGGUCAGUAUCCCGUUGGGCACCCUCAAAUCAUUACCAGAGAUUUCAAAUCUCUAGAGCAGUACUUUGGCAUUGCCAAAGUCAAGAUCUUACCCCCACGUGGACUGUAUCAUCCCGUCUUGCCCUUUAGAUCGAAUGGGAAACUCAAAUUUGCAUUGUGUCAAACUUGUGCUAAUUCAGAGCAACAAACACCAUGUCAGCACACGGAUGUAGAACGUGGUUUCAUUGGAACAUGGUGCAUUCCAGAGUUAAUCAAAGCUCUGGAGAAAGGCUAUGAACUUCAAAAGGUGUAUGAAGUUUAUCACUGGGCAGAAACCACCCAGUAUGACAAAACGACCCAAUCGGGUGGUUUGUUUGCCAGUUACAUCAACACCUUCCUGAAAAUCAAGCAAGAAUCUUCAGGUUGGCCUGCAUGGUGUCAGUCAGAAGCAGAUAAACAACAAUACAUUCACAAAUAUUUGGAGAAUGAAGGCAUUCAGUUAGACUAUGACAACAUUGAGAAAAAUCCUGGUUUGAGAGCCUUGUCAAAACUAAUGUUGAAUUCAUUCUGGGGUAAAUAUGCUCAAAGACCCAAUAUGAGACAGACAAAAUUUGUAUUUGCAUCUAAACUGGAGGAAUUUUAUCAAUUUUGA